AUGUAUAGAAAUAUCGAUUGCCGUGACUUUCCUUCUUCUUCUAUCUGUAGUCUUAAUCACUUCUCUCCUCUCAGUCCUCAUCAAAUCACCUCUCUCUGGCUCUCUCUUUUCUCUCUAUCAAUCCAAAUUUUACUUAACGUUUCAUUCUCUCUGCAGGCCGAUGACUUUUAUCUCAACCUGCUUGACUGGGGCAGUGAUAACGUUCUAGCCAUAGCAUUGCAUCAUACUGUUUUUCUCUGGGAUGCUUCUAAGGGUUCUACUACUGAGAUUGUCACUGUUGAUGAAGAUACGGGACCUGUCACUAGUAUCAACUGGGCAGCAGAUGGUCGUUGUCUUGCUGUUGGGCUUAACAGCUCUCAAGUCCAGUUAUGGGAUUGUGCUGAUUGUCGUAGAGUGAGAACGUUGGAGUGUGGUCACGAGUCUAGAGUAGGAUCGUUGGCAUGGAACGAUCACAUCUUGACAACGGGAGGAGCGGAUGGGAAGAUCAUCAACAACGACGUACGCGUUAGUUCACACGUUGUCAAUACGUACAGGGGUCACACUUUAGAAGUUUGUGGGUUGAAGUGGUCAGGAUCUGGACAGAACUUAGCCAGUGGUGGCAACGACAAUGCGGUUAAUAUAUGGGACCGUUCUAGUAGCUCUCAGCGGCUGCAUAGGCUUGUAGAGCACACAUCUGCAGUUAAAGCUCUUGAGUGGUGCCCUUUCCAAACGAGUUUGCUUGCAACUGGUGGCGGUGGGAGAGAUGGGAGAAUAAAGUUCUGGAAUACUAGGACAGGAGCUUGCUUGAACACGGUGGAAACUGGCUCUCAAGUUUCUUCUUUGUUAUGGAGCAACAAGGAAAGAGAGUUGCUUAGCUCACAUGGGUUUACUCAAAACCAGCUUACACUUUGGAAGUACCCAUCUAUGGUGAAAAUGGCUGAGCUCAAUGGGCACACAUCACGAGUUCUAUAUACGGCCCUGAGUUCGAAUGGUUGUACCGUAGCUUCUGCAGGAGCAGAUGAGAGACUGAUGUUUUGGAAUGUCUUUGGAGUACCAGAGGUUGCCAAAAAAGCUGCUCCAAAAAAAGUAGUAGUACCUGAGGCAUUUUCUCAUGUGAACCGUAUUCGCUGAAGUUGUUGUGAAGCAAUUGUCUAAUUGUAUUUUUGCUACACAAAAGAAAUGUUUAUGCACAUUGUAG